GGAGUCUUACCCUAAUGUAAGAUGGUGGCCCGUCUGGCUGUGGAACCCACCGAAAGCUGAGAGUCUCUCUCAGCCGUAAAGGUCGGACUCGCUGAAGCAAUCAGACCUGGUUCUGAAGAGUUUUAUUCUCGACACUCAUUCAGUGGUCUCUUGUGAGGACGCGGCAUCGCGUGGAAUCGGCUAAGGGAAAAGCGAGGCACGGCUGGCGGGUCUACAAAGUUCUGCGUUUUAGCUCUCAGUGCUGAACUUUCUUCUCCCUUAAAUUAUUAUAAACUUUUUUGCUGCUGUUUAAUAACGUGAAGAUGUCUCGCAGUCCUGAUGCAAAGGAAGACCCUGUGGAAUGCCCUCUUUGCAUGGAGCCCUUGGAGAUAGAUGAUAUCAACUUUUUCCCUUGCACCUGUGGCUACCAGAUUUGCCGAUUUUGUUGGCAUCGAAUUCGCACUGAUGAAAAUGGGCUUUGUCCUGCUUGUAGAAAGCCAUAUCCAGAAGACCCAGCAGUUUAUAAACCACUUUCCCAGGAAGAGCUACAAAGGAUAAAAAAUGAGAAAAAACAGAAACAGAAUGAGAGAAAACAGAAAAUAUCAGAAAAUCGCAAACAUUUGGCCAGCGUGCGUGUCGUACAAAAAAACCUUGUCUUCGUUGUAGGUUUGUCUCAGCGCCUAGCAGACCCAGAGGUUUUAAAACGACCAGAAUAUUUUGGGAAGUUUGGUAAAAUACAUAAAGUUGUCAUCAAUAAUAGCACAUCAUACGCAGGCUCACAGGGUCCAAGUGCCAGUGCUUAUGUCACCUACAUUCGGUCAGAAGAUGCUCUCAGAGCCAUACAGUGUGUCAACAAUGUGGUAGUAGAUGGCAGAACACUGAAGGCAUCUCUAGGUACAACAAAAUACUGCAGUUACUUCUUAAAGAAUAUGCAGUGUCCAAAACCUGACUGUAUGUAUCUACAUGAAUUGGGGGAUGAGGCAGCCAGCUUCACAAAAGAGGAAAUGCAGGCGGGUAAACACCAAGAAUACGAACAGAAACUACUUCAGGAAUUGUAUAAAUUAAAUCCCAAUUUUCUUCAGUUGUCUACGGGUUCGGUUGAUAAGAAUAAAAAUAAAGUGACACCACUGCAGAGGUAUGAUACCCCCAUUGACAAACCUUCAGAUCCUCUCAGUAUAGGGAAUGGUGAUAAUUCCCAACAGAUGCCUAACAGUGAUACACCUUCUCCACCACCUGGUUUGUCAAAAUCCAAUCCAGGCAUCCCUAUCAGUUCAUCCAAUCACAGUGCACGGUCCCCUUUUGAAGGGGCAGUAACAGAGUCACAGUCAUUAUUCUCAGACAAUUUUCGCCAUCCCAACCCUAUCCCAAGUGGGCUUCCUCCUUUUCCCAGCUCCCCACAGACAUCCAGUGACUGGCCAACAGCACCAGAACCACAGAGCCUCUUCACAUCAGAAACUAUCCCAGUGUCAUCCUCUACAGACUGGCAAGCAGCGUUUGGCUUUGGUUCUUCUAAACAACCAGAGGAUGACUUGGGUUUUGAUCCCUUUGAUGUUACUAGAAAAGCCUUAGCAGACCUGAUUGAGAAGGAACUGUCUGUCCAAGACCAACCUUCCCUUUCGCCCACAUCUCUUCAGAACUCCUCUUCACACACUACAACCGCCAAAGGCCCAGGCUCUGGAUUCCUGCAUCCUGCUGCACCUGCAAAUGCCAACUCUCUCAAUAGUACCUUUUCAGUCUUGCCACAGAGGUUCCCUCAGUUUCAGCAGCACCGAGCAGUUUAUAAUUCGUUCAGUUUUCCAGGCCAGGCAGCCCGCUAUCCUUGGAUGGCCUUUCCACGCAAUAGCGUCAUGCACUUGAACCACACAGCAAACCCCACCUCAAAUAGUCAUUUCUUGGACUUGAAUCUCCCGCCACAGCACAGCACAGGUCUGGGAGGGAUCCCUAUAGCAGGGGAAGAAGAGGUGAAGGUUUCGACCAUGCCACUGUCAGCCUCUUCCCAUUCAUUACAACAAGGACAGCAGCCUACAAGUCUCCACACUACUGUGGCCUGACAACAGAACUGAGAGGAGAGGAUUAGACUCUGGGGUGCUUGCAUGGGCAACCGGAUUUUGCAUGAUUCCUUUCUGAUUUUGCAUUUAAUGUAUACACCCAAAAGAGCCAAUAUAAACGUUCCUCAUACCUACAACUAGUGUGUUACCUCAUAGUUGCUCUAAAGUAUUUCUUCAUUAGGCCUUUAACAUAAUUUAUUAGCAUAAUAACUUUGGCAUUGUUUCUUAUGAGUGAUAAUAUUUUUAACUCAUACAAAUCAACUUAUAAGUAAGAUCCCAGAUCAGAUUAGUUAGAAUUGUUCUUGUUUUGGCUCUAUUACUGAAAAUAUACAAAGGUAAUAAUAGUUGUUUUCUGAUUUGUGAAAAAAUGGUAAUAUCUCCUAAAAAUUUUGAAAAUUAAGGUAAUGUCUAUUGCAUUCUUUGAAUAUUUGAGAAGAAAGAAUACAUAUAAAACAAUUGGUGGUGUCAUUUAAUGCUCAGAAGGAUGUUAUCAGCACUUGUUUUUAAUUGCCUAGAUUUAUAUCCUAUAUAAUGCAUUACAUGUGUAGAAACUGCUUUGUUUUCUCUCAUUUGCACAUUUGCACUUUCUUUUUGAAUGGUUGUUAAUUAUACAUAGAUGGUUAAAAUAUAAUUAUGGCCUAAAUGCAAUGUAAUCUCUUUUCUAAUGCACUGCCUCGUGUACCAGGAAAUGCCUCAAAAAACAGGAUUUUAACUUCUAGCAAAUUAAUCAGAAACCUGAGUAUGGGAUAAACAUUAUAUGUGAAUAGCAGCCCUAGUAAUAACAUUUUUAUUGAAACAUUUUUAUUGAACAAACAGUAGUUUGGUGAAAUGUCUGUUUGGAAAUUUCAUUGUUUAAUAACUGAAAUGUGCUGAUAAGACUAAGAGUGUGAUCAUAAUGAGACUUAAGUGGAAGAAAAGAGAUUGAGUGUCCUUUAAAAUCAGGCCAUGUGAGUUAUAAUAGAUAACUUUAGUUACUCAGACAGUACAUAAUGUAAGAUGCUGUUUUUGAUAUAUUGAAUUUCUUGAGAUAGUUUUAAACAUGAUAAUAAAAGAAACUAAAGUGAACUCAGUCCUGGGUAAUGGACAAAAGCUGAUUUAGGAAACAUGACCAUAUUCUGCCUAAGUGAAGCAGCACCUGGGAAGAAAGGGAAAGUCGGAACUCCUCUUGAGAUUUUUUUUAAAAUGUGAUAAAAAUGAUAUGCCUUAAUUUAUUAAAAAAAGAGAAAUUACUACAGGAGUGUUAUGAAUACCAAAAAGAACCUAGAGGUUUAAAACUAUAAUAAAAAUACUCAUUUGGAGAUGAUGUUAAUGUUAUAUUAGGAUUGGAGUUUGCAAGAUAACUUCUCUAUAUAAAAUCGGAUUACUUUAUGUUAGAUAUCAUGCAACAAGUUAAAUGGUUUUAUCCCAAGAAAUAGUGGAGCAAGAUAAAAUUUGUUCUCAAAUAUCUUUAGAUUUGGUAAACUGAGGCUGCAGAAGCAGCUAGUGAGUCAAUUAAGGUACAUUUUUAAAAAUCCAGCAUUCGUAUCUAAUUUCCACAUACAAGUGAUUUUAAGAUACUACCAGAAAAUCACCAAUUUAGAAAAUACCCGUAGAAUGUUAUAGAUUAGUAAGCAUCAGCCUUUAAUCAUAGGUUAAUUUACUUACAGUUUUCAUUUUCAAAUGAAAAGGCCAAGGCUUAGUUGCUGUCUCUUGCAGGGCUGAGGCCCCUGGGCACUGCUGUAAAAUUUUGCCUCAUCAUAAUGAUGUCCCACUUCCAGUGUAAGUGUAAGCCUUUGCCUGAAUCUUACAAAGCCAUAGCAGCUGGCUAGCUCUUUACUCAUUUCUUGGUGUUAAGAGAUGGCACCUGUUAAGGCUUCUUUCCUGAUCUUUCUCAUUCAUAAUCUGUGCAAAAAACCUGUAAGUUUGCCCAGAUCUAUCCACAGUCUUGAGUGGAUUUUCCAACGCAGUCUCCUGCCUGCUUCUUUCCACCUGCUUCCAGACACACCAUGUAUCAGGGAAAUGAAGACUCCAACUUAUCAAUGUUUAUGUAAAAUGGCUACAAAGGAUCUUUUAGUUCACUGUGUAAUUUCUAGGCCUUGUAAGACUUCACCUUUUUGCUCCCUUAGUAUUUCAUUUCAUAUGGUUUUGUAGAAGUCUUCAGUCAUGGUUUUACUCCAAAGCCCCAUUUCGUGUAGAAAUUGUAACCAAAUAAUAGCAGAGUGAGAAAUCCUAAGAAGAUUCUGUUUUUGAUAAAUUCCUGCGUGACUCACCUUUCACAGGGAAAUUUUAUAGAUUUUUAUAUCCUUAACCUUUAAAAAGUGACUAGUCUUUUCCUUUAACAUGGGCAUUUUUAACCUGGAAUCCAGAACUCUGAAGGUACAUAAAAAAUUGUGAGUUUGUGUACAUGUACAUACGUCCAUUUAAUUUUUCUGGGAGAGAAGAUAGAUUUGUAAAGAGUUUGGCAACAUUUUCCCCACCUCAGGAAAAAAAAAUAAAAGGGUUAAUGACUGCUGCCUUGAAAUGUUUUUAGUGCCAUUGUAGGAAACAGAUUCCUGAUGGAAUGAUUUUAGUUGUAUAAUGUCAAGUGCCUCCUUAAUUAUUUUUUAAAGAUUCUGUUAGAAAACAUUUUUAGUUAAUGAUGCUUUCCUUCUUGUUCUACUGUUAUUUGGUUUUCCAGGUGGUUUCCCUUUAUUUCAACAAAGCAUUCAUUAAAUAUCUGAGUACAAUGCUUGUUUUGUGUAGUGACCUGAGCUAGAUGUUGAGGGCUGCAAGACUGAAUAAAAUACGGAGCCUGUCAUCAGGGUGAAUAGUCUAGUGGUAGUUCUUUUUCAUUUUUUUUAAAAAAUGAGAUCAGGUUGAUACUUAUGAAUCACAAGAACUGUCAUAACAGUCCAGCUCAUUUCAUUACUCAUCUCUGAGUAACUGCUCUGACAUUGGCAACAAAGGUAUUGAAUGUGCUUCAAAUUUUAAAUACAUGAUAAUUUGGAAGGAAGUGAAAAAAAAUCUUAAUAGGAGAAUAUGCAUAUGUAUAUUUGUUACUCUAAUUGACAUAUAUUUGUAAAUGCUCAUGUCUUAACAUUCUGGUAAUUAAGUAGAACCUUCUAUAUAUGUGUUUAUUUUUAAGAGAAAACUUUAGUAUGUGUUUCCCGUGCACAUUUUUACUGAAGUGGCUUCUAUUUGUAUGAUAUUCUAAAACCUCUUGUUUGCUGUGAGAUAGGUUCACAGGGAGGUACACAUAUACACGCACAAAGAUGUUGCUACAGGCAUCAAAAUCUUACACAAAGACUACCCUGUUAUUUAUGUAGAUGUGCAAGCUUGGGGACUUUUUAUGCUGGUAUGUAAUAUUUUGGAGUUUUUUUUCUUUAUGAAGUUUCCCAAGUCUGUUUAAUUUUAGUGGAUGGAUACAUGUGUUUAUAAAUACAGUAAGUUUUUCUUUUUAAUUAUAUAAUAUGUGUCUUUAUUUUACAAAACUGGCAUAGUCAGAUUAUCUGAUACCAAGCUAUUGUUUUGCUCUUAGUGAUGUGUGGCUCACUCUGAGUUAAUAUCUACUGUGUACCUCCCAGAACCAGGUAACUGGCAGUAAUGUCUUAGGGCUCCAUACAUGUAAUCUUCAGGGAGCAAAUAGGUAGCAUACCAAUACAAAAGUAAAGGUAGCGCUUACAGAAAGAAAUCAUUGUGAGCUGACACACAAAGAAGCUUCAUGAAAGUGUGGUAGUAAGAUGAGUUAAAUUUAGAUGCGAGCAGGGGAAAAUCGACCCUAAAGUGAAAGGGUUGAACCACUGACCAAAGCCAGCUAUUAGCAGGGUCUAAAGGGGUUGCCAGGGGAUGCUAAAGAGACACACUCAGUGGAGGUGCUGUAUAUGGGGCCUACUGACAAGCUAGGUAUAUAAUGCCUUGGAAAUUAGGAAGAUGAGUUUAGUCUUGUUGUGACAGAGAACUAUAGAGUUUAGAGAGAAAUAACUUGAUUGUAACAUUUUUAAGAGAUGCAGUUUGGUGAUAUUUGGAUUGAAUUUAGGAUGAGUUGAAAAGUAGGGUUUACAUACCAUUGCGGCCAAUGCAGGUGAGUUGGCCCAGUGUAGAAUAGUACUUGUAGGAUUGAAGAAGAAAUUGUGAGUUAGAAUUCAGAAAGCAUGAACUCUGAGAAAAGGCCUUUAAGUUUGUUUGGGUGACUAAAAAAUGUGUGUUUUAUAAAAGGAUGCAAAAUGUCAGAUUCCUGGGAUCAAAAUAAUGAAUAUCUACAUUUUUAGGACAUGUGCCAAGGAAGGUGAAAAAGACAAGAUGCUAACUAGAAGGAUGGUAGAUCUUAGAAGACACUGGCUGUGAUACAAGAGGAGACCCGAGCAUUUAAAGGCAGAGCAUGUGAAGCCAGUGAGAAGGGGAGGUUGGUAGCACUAAAGUGAAGAGGCCAGUUAGCAGGACACUUCUUCAGGUGGUGGGAGUAAAACUCACAGGAGAAAGUUAUGGUUUAGCUUUGGAGAGCUGGACUAUAUUUUUCUGUUAGCAGAGCAGUGAAAAGAUUGUGGAAAGUGAGAAGAUGAGAAUAAGUAGCGCUCAGACUGCCUCCCUACCCUCAGUGCACCAAAAACAGGUUGACAAAAGUGUAUGUGUACUAGCAGGUGGGAGGCUGAGCCAGGAGAAUCACAGGUUGAACAAAGCAUAGGCAAAAUUAUCAAAAUGAUCAGGGGUAGAGCAACCUGGAGUUUGGUCCCCAAUACCUCAGUAAAUCUUUGAGAAUAAACUUGUCAGUGUAUUUGAAAUAAAGUAAUUGCUGUGUAAAGAUAAAAGUCCAUUUAGAAAUUUUUAGUGUGCAUAUAUGUGUGGUUUUCAUGUUCCCCUUGUUUGGCAUAAAGACACUAAGUGUGGAAAAAACCAACAUUGAAGGUUUGGAUAGAAGGUGAAGAGGACAAGUACAUAAAGAUAUUCAAGGAGGUGUGUUAAAAUAGCUCAUUAAGAAUGUACUAAGGCUGUUCCCUGUGAACCAGUGGUGUGAGUGAUUUGGAAGGGAAUUUAAUGACUAGAUUUGUUGAAGACAGAAGAGGUUAAUGUUGUUAAAGGAAGGACAGAUAAAGAGAUUGUGAUCAGUGUGUUGACCUCUUGGUGCCAAUCAUGGGCCCCAUGAGCAAGAAGCAAAGAAGGACUAAUAACAUUGUGAUUGAAAGAAGGCAAGCUUAAGUAAUCCUGUAGGGCUUCUGCUCUUACCCCAUUGCGGUCCAGUCUUUUUGUGAGAAUAAGAAGUCAGUCAAGAAAGAAUUGUGGAAACAAUGCUGUUGCUCUGGGGAUUUCUUCCUCAAAGAAUGGUGGGAGGAAAUGGAGGUAGAGUGUUGGGGAGGGACUGAGAAAAAUCAAAGAUGAGAUGAGACAGGUGUGAAUAAGCCCAGUGAGUGCAAGGGAUUGGUGGAAAUAUUACUUGUGACAUGAAAAAAUAAGGCAGAGUUAAGUGAUGAUGAGUUUGACAGUUGAUGAGUCCAUGUUAUAGGUCAGCUACCUUGUUACAGAUUCACAAGCCAAGUAAAAAGUUCUGCUACCAGCCCCUUAGGCUUUCUGCUUAGAAAGGGAAAGUUCUCUUUGUACGUAGUUGAAUUAGGCUAUUCUGCUUUAUAUAAAUCAAUUAAGAUUAAAAGCAGUAUGUUGGUGAAAGGUCGAGAGAAAUUAAGAAUUUUACUGUAGUAGGUAAUAAAAAUAUUUCAUUGAUUUUUUUUUUUUCUUCCAAGGAGACUGUACUGUUCAAAUAAGUAAAAUUACAAGUUAUUGGGCUCAUCUACUCUUGAUCCUUAUUUUUUGUAUACUUGCAAUAUAACCUUCAAGAAAAAUUGUUGGAGAUAUUUAUAGUAGAACAAGGAUGAAAAUAGUGUAUUUUUUUUCCCUUGUCUCAUUAACAGCCAAUAUUCCUAGUUUGGAAGUAACUGUAGUUUCCUGACACUUAAGUACUUUAAAACUCAACUGGACUUACUUCCAUGUAUGUCAGCUGAAAUAUUAACUGCAACAUUUGAAAAUGAUGACACUUCAAAUUAUUAAUCAUUGCCCAAGAAUGUUAUGUUUGAAAAGCCAUUGGUGGUUAAGAAGCCAUUGUGCCUUGGCCUCCUUGCUUGUUUGUGACUUGCUUCCAUGAAUAUUCUAGCCACUGUAUCUUAUUAGUUACACCAUUUUACAGCUGCUAAAGAGUUCUUUCUAAAGAAUUGCUCUUGGCAGUUCAGUAUCCACAAAGGAGAUCACUAAGAGUUCACUAUGUUUUAUGGUCUUUUAGAGCAUCUGCCUUUGGUUAUAUCACCUUGCUGAGUAAAUCUAAGUAAUUUAAACCACUUGAAAAUUGGACCAAAGUACCCAGAAGUUUAAAGAAAAAAAGCUAAGAAUAGUUGACCUUGAGAACCAUUCUUUCCAGGUUCCUGUAUAGCACAUUUUCUAAGGUAACUCCUUAGAAAAUUCCCUGUCUUAGCCCUUUAUUCUGUAGUUUGCAGGAAACUCUAAGCUGACACUUGAACAUAACUGGGGUUACCACAAAGUUUUGACAUCCCAGCUGCUGUUUAGUACUCAUGUUCACUAUUAUGCUGUUAAAACAGAACUCAAACCUUUUCUAUCCAUAUAGUUUAUAAGACCUUUAAAAUACUCCGUACUGCAAGGCAUGGUAGUGUUACCCAUAAUCCAGCAGUCGGGGCUGAGGCAGGAGGGUCUCUAUGAGUUCAAGACUAGACUGGGCUUCAGACUGAGUUCAAGGACAGCUUGAACUGUAUAAUGGGGUCCUCUCUCAAAAAACCAAACAGUAAAAUACCCAGUACUUUCUUUUCAAUAUAGAGUUAGAAUUCACAUAAAAUAGAAUCAAAUAAUUGAAAGUAACCAGUUUACUGACCCAGCACUGGUCUUUACUUUUUUAAAGAGUAGAAUAAAAAACCUGUCAAGAAUUUGGCCCUUUCCUUGCUAGGACUUUGUAGUACUAACUGCAUAUAAACUCAGUAUUUUACUUGGUAAUCUGAAAGACAAAUGGUAAACCUUAAAGUACUCCAUUUAAACUUGUAGAUCCAGCAACUUUUAUACCUUCCCUGCUCUAAAAACAGCAAGGAGCUGUAAGCAAGAGACUCUUAGAGUAUUGGCUUUCCUGAGUAGAUAAAAAUGUUUAAAACAAAUGUCUGAAUAGCUUUGAAGUAGGGUAGUGUUUUGGUGAUAUUUAAUGCAAGAAAGGGGUUGCUUAGCUAGAAAGAAUUUGCUUAGAACUGUAAGACUAGUUCUCUGUUUACAUGUGUGGACAAGUGUAUGUGUGUGCUAGUGUGUUUAUUUAUUGAAAGUAAUUUUCACUUAAGUCCUUCACAUAGUGAAUGUAGCAGAGGAAAGUGUGUCAGGCCAUUUCUCUGUGACUUCUCAUAAUUUAUUACUGCUGAUUUUGAUUAAUUCAUGUUCAAGAUUAAUGCUGUAUUAAUUGUUGUAUCCUCAAUUUUUUUCUUUAAGGAAACUGACUAUACAGUGAGGUUGUAGCUCACCCUGAUCAUGUUUUUUUUUUCUGAAUAAAUACUGUAGUUCAUAACAUUUUUUCAUUAAAUUCCGUUCCUAAGCAUACUUAUCCCAUGUCACACGUUGGGAAAACCUAUGAAAAGAUUAUUAAGAAAAAAAUGAUUGUAUUGAUUGAAAUCAUGACACUUGAGAGCUCUGAUAGAUAUAACACUUUUUAUUGUUAAAAUGAUAAUUACGAUUAUAAUAAACAAGAUUCAGAAGGACUGUGAUUUGUCUCUAGUCAUAUUCUAACCACAAUUUAAAGUUCCGUUAGUUGUCACCAUGUGAAUUUGCAUUUAUAUGUAAAAUUCAGUAGAGGAAAGAACUCCAAGAUUCAUGGUAUAUCCCUUCUGUAAACACUGUUGUAUCUUACAAUUUGUUAUAAUGGUUUUCCUAAGCCAAGGGCUUUCCGCUGUGUAUCAGUGCAAAUAAUGAAUUGAAGGCUUUCAGUGUCCAUGGUCUGGCAGCUGUUAUCACAUAUCCUAUAAGUUGUCAAAUCAAUCUUGUGUUAAGUGUGACUGUGUCUUGGAGUAAAUUUAGGAAAGAAAAAAAAUUGUAACUUUAUAAGUAUUCUUCAUGUUGACUCAGUUAUAUUAUUGCCAGUCACAGAAAUAAGAUAGUAAAACAGCAGUAGAAUUUAACUCACAGGUUUUAUCUCUAGUAGCAAAAUACACUUAACCAAUAUGCAAUAACCACUAGAUUACUAACACCUUUAAUGUUAAACAAAAGUUUAAAAAAUGAAAAAAGUCUUGGAGUGACAGCAUUAGUAUGUCUUUUACUCACACUAACUUGUCCUUGAGAAAGUUACCCUAUGCUGCGCCAUGUAGAAUGAUAGCAUAUCUGCUGAUUUCUUUCCAAUCAAGGAAGUUAUUUUAAGCAUACUGGAACAGGGAAAGCUCCACAAGGAUUUAAAGAUAAUAUUACAUUCACCAUUCUGAAAAGAAAGUCAAGAAAGCUGACUAGUCAAAGUUAUAAUCUAGCCCUGUUUUCUGUUAUGGCAGGAUCAUGUCCCAAGGACGAUAGUAGCAUUUGUAUUCUGUUACCAGCCUUGAAGUAGAACAUGGAGCUUUAUUGGAACCUUUAAUUCUCCUUAAUUUAUGUAUUGACAUUCACAAGAAGUCAAGCAUCCUGAGGUUAUUUUUUUCCUUUGUUACAAUGAUCAGUAGCCAGCCGAAAGUAAA